UAUAUAGCUAGCCUACAUCACUAAUUACAUAUUUACAUGUCUAUAAAAAUAAAGAUAUACAACUUAUGAGAAUGAACAUGUAUUGUACAUAAAAAAAUAAUUGUCGUCACUUUAAAUAAGUUUUAGUUCUCAUAAAAAAAAUAAAAAUAAACACCAAGCAUGACUCGAACAUUCUCUAGAUAACUAAUCUCGAGACUAACUACAAAUACAAAUCAGUAAUUUUUUUUAGUUAAAGAGAAAAUCUGACCAUAAAUCAACCUCACAAUUUUUUGGAUCCCCUACCGGACUACCGGACAAAUACUUUGAAAGAGGGCAGCCCCUAAACUUAGGAGAGGAACCAAAAGCAAAGGUACGGAGUACUUUAUACUCAAAGUCCAUAGAAUUUUGAAUUUUCUAUAAAAGGGGACGAGAACUUGUCACCAACAGCUAGAUUAAAAAACCCAUCACGCAAUUUGCACAAAAUUUUAAAAUAAAAAUAAAAAUAACCCAUUCUUUUUAUCAGACUCACUUCUCCAUUUCUGCUACAAAUUACAACAACUACUACCCAAAAAUACAUAAUUUUUUCCGCAUUUUAAUUUCUUUUCAUUUUUCCCAGAUUUUAUUUGGAUUAUCCCAAGUGGUAUAAGCCUGCUAAACUGAAAAAAUAGCUAGUCGGUGAAGUAUUCUUGCUACUAUAUAUGGGCUGCUGCUAUUCGAAGAAAGUUGGUCGUGUUCCUGGAUACGAGGAUCCUGCCGUCCUUGCCUCUGUAACACCCUUCACUGAGAGUGAAGUAGAGGCCUUGUAUGAGUUAUUCAAGAAAUUGAGCAGCUCCAUAAUUGAUGACGGCCUAAUUCAUAAGGAAGAGUUCCAACUUGCGCUCUUUAGGAACAGUAAAAAGGAGAAUCUUUUUGCAGAUAGGAUCUUUGACUUAUUUGAUUUGAAGCGCAAUGGUGUCAUUGACUUUGGAGAAUUUGUUCGGUCACUGGCAGUAUUUCACCCCAAUUCACCAGUAAAGGAUAAGAUGGAAUUUGCUUUCAAAUUGUAUGAUCUGAGACAAACUGGGUUUAUUGAGCGUGAAGAGUUGAAGGAAAUGGUUCUGGCUUUGUUGCAUGAAUCGGAGUUGUUCCUCUCAGAUGAUGCUGUCGAGGCAAUUGUGGAUAAGACAUUUACUGAAGCAGAUUUAAAAGGUGAUGGGAAGAUAGAUCGAGAAGAAUGGUGUGAAUUAGUAAAGACUUAUCCUUCAUUGCUUAAGAAUAUGACACUCCCAUAUUUGAAGGAUAUCACAUUAGCAUUUCCAAGCUUCAUUUUAACCUCAGAAGUUGAAGACAUAGAAGUGCCUUAGAAAGAAAAAAGAGUAAGGGUGAGCUGAUAUGAAGAACCCGAAUAGAUGAGAUGGUUUUCAGGGUUCAGAUCACACAGUGAAGCAACACCAAUGCUUCACCAAUUCACUCCUUGUGUAGUGGGUAAAAAAAAAAGUGCAAGCAGAACAUAUAUCAAUAUGUAACAUCUUGUAUUUGUUCUUGUAUGUGUAGUAUCAUACGACAUUUACAAUAGUGAACAUCUUUUUGAAAUGCUCAUAUGUUUACAUUCAUGGGUAAA